AUGCCAUCCCACCGGCAACCCCAGCCCAAGAUCAUCAUAGCCGGCGCCGGCAUUGGUGGUCUUGCCGCGGCCCUGUCGCUCCACGCCGCCGGAUUCACCGACAUCCACAUUUUUGAGGCUUCGUCGCAACUCACAACGCUUGGUGUCGGAAUCAAUGUCCAGCCUUCCGCCGUGCUGAUCCUUCGCAACCUCGGCUUGAUUGAAGCCCUGGAAAAGACAGGCAUCAAGACCCAGGAAUUGAACUUCUACAAUCGCCAUGGUCACCCAAUUCUUAGUGAGCCAAGAGGCAUUAAAGCGGGCUAUGCUGUUCCGCAGCUCAGCAUUCACCGAGGAGAGAUCCAGAUGCUGCUCUUGAGCGCAGUCAAAGAACGCUUGGGCGAGUCCGCCGUCACACUCAACCACGCCUUGACCGGCUUCUCUCAAGAUGCCGAAGGUAUCACAGCCGAGUUUUCACGACGAAGGGAUGGUGCGCCAGCAGAUCAGUCUAAAGUGACGGGAGAUCUACUCAUCGCUGCCGACGGCAUCAACUCAACCGCGAGAAGAAUUCUCUACCCGAACGAAGGACCACCACGCUUUUCUGGGCGUAUGCUCUGGCGAGGCUGCUUGGAGCGUGAUCCCUACUUGACUGGAGCAUCAAUGGUGUGGGCCGGUCAUGCCGACCAGAAGUUCAUCGCAUACCCAAUCAGCCAACGGUCAGCAGACAAAGGCAAGAGCUUGGUGAACUGGAUUGCGGAACUCAGAAUCAGAGACAAGGACGAUGAAGACCUGACACCACCCAAAACGGACUGGACCAAGGCUGUGGACAAAUCCGUCUUCGAGCGGCCUUUCCACGGAUGGAAAUGUGGAGGUCUCGAUAUGAAGAGUCUCAUUGACGAGACAGAGAAGGUGUUUGAGUUCCCAAUGAGUGAUCGGGACCCGGUCGAGCGAUGGAGUUUCGGCCGACUUACUCUUCUUGGAGAUGCUGCUCACGCCAUGUAUCCCAUUGGUUCGAACGGUGCAUCCCAGGCCAUCAUCGACGCGGAGACUUUGGCAAGAACUCUUACCGAGAGUGUCGGUGAUAUUGAGGCAGCUCUGAAAGCCUACGAAACAGAGAGGCUCCCGGCCACGGCUAGAAUCAUCAUGGCAAACCGCGCCAAUGGCCCCGACCACGUUCUUCAACUAUGUGAAGAACGAGCACCAGAUGGUUUUGAGAACGUCUACGACGUGGUCCCAAAGGAAGAAUUGGAGAGUAUCGGUAAAGUGUACAAGCAGGUCGCCGGUUUCGAGAUGGAAAGCGUCAACAAGAAAGCGAAAGAGACAGCUGAAAUGAGUCAAGAGCUGGGGCUGAGCAGUCCGAAGGAUUGGAUUUGA